UAACUUUUUCUUUCCUCUCUAAAACUCUCACGGUCACUCAACUUUCUCUAACCUUUUUGUUUUACAUUUCUUCUUCAUCAUCUUCUCAUUUCAUUCAUCACUCUAACUAUUACCCCUUCAAACUCUUCAUACUUUCCUCACUUUUCCAACAAACCCAAUCUAAAUUUUACUUCCACUCAUCAAAUAAUUUGGUGGGGGGUUCUCAAACUAUCCUUAAAACCUCAAAAUUUCCCAUUUUUCUUUUGCUUGUUCCCGAGGGAAAUGAGGGAUGUUUUCAUGGUUGCCAAGGAUAGCUCUCGCUUGUUGGAGACCAGUAAGUCGAUAUGCCCGUAUGAACAAGGAUUAUAACAACACCAACAGUGAUGAGCUUGAAGACGAUUCUUCAUCUUCACCAGACUCACUUCUUUGGUGUAAAGACCUUGAAAAACACUCUUGUGGCGAUUUCUCAUUUGCCGUUGUUCAAGCCAAUGAGAUCAUCGAAGAUCAUAGCCAAGUUGAGACCGGCAAAGAUGCAACUUUUGUUGGUGUCUAUGAUGGACAUGGCGGCCCUGAUGCUUCCCGCUUUAUCUCCGAUCAUCUCUUUCAAAAUUUGAUUAGGCUUGCUCGAGCGAAUGGAACGAUUUCUGAAGAUACUCUUAGAAGUGCUUUCUCCGCAACGGAAGAUGGGUUUCUCGGUCUGGUUCGUAGGACAUGUGGAAUAAAACCAUUAAUGGCUGCAAUCGGAUCUUGUUGUCUGGUUGGGGUUAUAUGGAGGGGCACGUUGUAUGUUGCUAAUUUGGGUGAUUCUCGAGCUGUAAUCGGCUGUUCGAGUCGAUCGAAUAAGAUAGUCGCCGAGCAGUUGACUAGAGAUCAUAAUGCAAGUAAAGAGGAGGUCAGACAGGAACUGAGGUUGCAGCAUCCGGACGAUUCUCAUAUCGUCGUUAUGAAGCACGGAGUGUGGCGUAUCAAAGGCAUCAUUCAGGUAUCUAGAUCCAUUGGAGAUGCAUACUUAAAGAGGCCCGAGUUUUCUCUCGAUCCUUCUUUCCCACGGUUUCACCUUUCCGAACCCAUAUGUCGACCGGUGUUAACAGCGGAGCCCUCAUUGUGCACCAGGGUCUUACAACCUAGUGACAAGUUUCUCAUUUUUGCAUCCGAUGGACUUUGGGAACAUUUGACGAAUCAGCAGGCCGUCGAGAUCGUUUCCCGCUCUCCACGAGCAGGAAUUGCAAAAAGGCUCAUCAGAACAGCUUUAAACGAGGCUGCUAGGAAAAGGGAGAUGAGAUAUGAUGACCUUAAGAAAGUAGAUAAAGGGAUAAGACGAUUUUUCCACGACGAUAUUACGGUUGUCGUCGUCUUUAUAGACCACGGGUCGUCGGUCGGUACGAAGACGUCUGUUCCAGAGCAGUCGGUAAAGGGGUUUGCCGACUCCAGCGGACCAUCAAACUUCAGCAUUGAUGUAAGUCAGGAAAUGAAUGGGUCCAUCAUCUGAAUUAAUAGCUCCUCACUUGAAAUAAUCAGUGGGGUAUUUACCAAGUUUCUGUAAGGAUUCUUUUUACUUUAAUUUCCGAACAUCUGGUAGUUGUUUCUUCUCCCAUUACCAA